GUUUUGAUAAGGUAUGUGUUUUAUAACUGAACAACAGUUAUGAAAAAACUGCAUAUUAUUCACUAUUGCGUUUCGCCAUUUUUGUAUGAUUUCUGUAUGAUUUCGCAUUUUAUAACCACUGACCAAAACCGCAAACAAACUUUAGAGCUUCACUUCGGGAUCACAGAGAUGUUAACCCAGCAACUAAGUGAACACCUAGCGUAUUUUUAUUUACAAAAAGUUUUUUAUUCUCAUGUAUACCAACGAUAGCUAACACGUCGACAAGAUGAGUGAACUACGUGUUGUGAUGUCGUACGUCAUGAAGGGAGUACAUUAUUUGUACGAAGCCCUAAGUUCAAUUAUACGAGUAAACUAUGAAAUGGUGACGGCUGUAUUGUACUGCUGUGUUGAGGUCCUAACAUUCGUGUACCGCUGCUCGUCUGUUGUACUUACAGUUUUGUUCAACGUACUUUCAUCUGGCGUUGAUUUCCUCACCGAAUGCUGUAACUUCGGUUAUGGAGUUAUAAUGCUUAUUUGGAAGUUUUCAAGAUUCAUUGCCAGUAUGCUAGAUAUAUUAUUCCGAGGGGUCGAGUUUUUGACACACUCAGUAUUGAAUGGAGGAAAAUGGACUGCAAGUGCCUUAUACAUAUCCGUCUCAAAUCUAAACCUCAGUUGCUACAAUUUGUAUGUGUAUUUCUCGGAUUCUAUUACUCGGUCAUCCAAGAUUUCAACAGAAGCAAUAGCCCUUGUUUGGGAGUUCACAUCGAGCGUUUUUGCUGCUGCAUUUCACAUGAUGAACUAUGUACUAUCUUUAUCUUGGCGACUUUUUGACAGUGCUAUGUUAGGAUUUGCUGAGAGUGUGCGAUUCCUAACUGAUCAGAUGUAUUUCUUCUUGGUUUAUUAUCUACCAAACAUACCUAAAGAAACUUACUUAGGCCUGAUUACAUUACUACUACUGUAUCUUUUUGUCAUCAGUAUCUUAAACCACUUGUCCAACAGAGAUAUGACAUUUCCUGUUCUAAACCAUUUUGGACAGCCACGCAGAGUGUGGGAGGAAAUGGCUGAUGAUGGUCAUUUUGAAUUCUCAGAUGAUGAUAUCAAUAUAAGUGAGGUAGAAAGUGAAAUAGACAAUGAAAGUUUGUCAGACGAAGAUGAAGAGGAGGAAGUUGAAUUUGAAGUGACAGAUGAUUCUGAUUCUGGCAGUGAAAACAUGUCAGAUGACAGUGAUGGAACAAGUACUACUUUGAGUAAUGAUAUUGACAUUCAGCUUCCACCAACAACGAAUGGACGGUAUAACCUCAGAAGAUCAACAACACCUUCUCAUAUAAGUUAUGAGAGAUUGGAGGAUUUUGAGCGUGAAAUGGAGAAAGAACGAGAACGACAGAAGUGCGUAGUCUGUCAGGAUCAGAACAAAUCAGUACUCAUUCUUCCCUGCAGACACAUGUGUCUGUGUGUAGACUGUGGAAACCAGAUUGCUAGGGCUCGAAAUGUAGCCCGUCGAACUUGUCCCCUGUGUCGUCAGAGGAUUAGAACUAUAAUGAAUGUAUAUGUGUGAGGAAAUCUGUUGCAAAUGGUGCUGACACUGUUUAUAUUUAAAAAAAAUUAUUGAGUAAUUCAUGAAGUUUCCUGUGCAGAAUGAAGCACCUUUAAAUAAAAAAAUGACAUUCUCAUGA